AUGGCUUCUGGAAAGCCUGCCAUUGGCUUCGUUGGCCUCGGUGCCAUGGGAUUUGGAAUGGCCACAAAUCUUGUCAGGCAAGGAUAUCCAGUCAAGGGUUACGAUGUCUUUCCGGCAUCUGUCGAGCGUUUCAAAGGAGCUGGUGGUAUUCCUGCCGCUUCAUUGAAGGAGUCUGCCGAGGGGAACCCGUACUAUGUCUGCAUGGUUGCGUCUGCUCCUCAAGUACAAGAAGUCCUGUUCAAUGAACAAACAGGAAUUAUAAAUGUACUUCCUAAAAAUUCGACGUUCCUCCUCUGCUCUACAGUACCAUCUGCAUACGCCCAAUCUGUCGAGAAAGAGCUUAAGGCACGCGGCCGCGAUGAUAUAUUCUUCAUCGAUAGCCCUGUAUCAGGUGGCGCUAGCCGAGCAGCUGAUGGUACUUUGUCGAUAAUGGCUGGUGGGAGUGACGCUGCGUUGGAGAAUGGAAAAUUAAUUCUUCAAGAAAUGUCAGAUCCAAAGAAACUAUACCUCGUCCCUGGUGGUAUCGGGGCAGGAAGUAAUAUGAAAAUGGUACACCAAGUCCUUGCAGCCAUCCACAUUCUCGGAGCAAGCGAGGCAAUGGGCCUGGCAGCGCGUUUGGGCUUGGAGGCACAUACCGCCGCUGACGCGAUAAUUAAAUCUGACGCGUGGACAUGGAUGCACGAAAACAGACUCAAUAGAAUGCUCGAGGAAGACUGGAACCCGGGUGCCAGUGCACUGACAAUUAUUCUCAAGGAUGUGGGAAUCAUCACCUCAACGGCACGACUGCAAAAGUUUCCUACGCCAUUAUCAUCAACAGCAGAACAGGUCUACCUCACUGGCCUCGUUUAUGGAUGGGGUCCGAAAGAUGACUCCGCUAUGGUUCGCAUGUAUACUUCCGAGCCCAUAAUAAAAGUCAAUUCUACGCUUUCACCUGAAGAAACUUCUCGUCGACUCCGAAUGGUUACAAAGCUCAUGCAAUAUACUAACAUCGUUGCCGCCGCCGAAGCCGUUGCUUUUGCACGACAUCUAAACGUCGACAUGACGCAGUUCUACGAUCUUGUCAUCAACGCCGCCGGAGGCAGCAAGAUGUUCAACACACUCGGUGCGACUAUGAUAAAAGGAAUACCCAUUGGGGUGGCUGCGACAGGAGACUUGACCGUAGAUGAUAUUGUAAAGGAGCUAAGUGACAUUGUUCAGGAGGCUCGUGACUUGUAUACCCCGUUGAAUCUAGCAACAGCAGCAUUGAAUCAAUAUCUGGUUGCGCAACGGCGUGGAUGGGGGAAGGAAGCCGCUACAAGCAUCAUUAGAGCCUGGGAAAUUUGA